AUGCCCCACGUAUCUGCUGCUCGGUAUGGGAAGGACAAUGUUCGCGUCUACAAAGUCCACAAGGAUGAAGAGACAGGCGUUCAGUCCGUCACUGAGAUGACCGUCUGCUGCCUUCUCGAGGGUGCUAUCGAGACAUCUUAUACCAGAGCCGACAACAGCGUCAUUGUCGCAACCGACUCAAUCAAGAACACAACCUACAUCGUCGCAAAGGAGAACCCUGUCAACCCCCCAGAGCUUUUCGCAAGCAUUCUCGGCACCCACUUUCUCGACACGUACAGCCAUAUUUCUGUUGCCAAUGUUUCUGUCCGGGUUCACCGUUGGACACGCCUCACUGUCGACGGUGCCCCUCACCCCCACAGCUUCGUUCGCGAUAGUGAGGAGACUCGCAAUGUGGAGGCUGUUGUCCGCCGCGACGGCAUCUCGCUGACAAGCAGAAUCGCCGGCUUGACUGUGCUGAAAAGCACAGGCUCUGCCUUCCACGGCUACGUCCAGGAUGAGUUUACUACUUUGAAAGAGACCUGGGACCGUAUUCUCAGCACCGACGUCGACUGUUCCUGGCGUUGGAAGACAUUUUCCAACGUAGCCGCCGUCCGAGGAGAGGCCGCGGUGUUUGACAAAGCCUGGGAGGCUGCCCGGACUAUUACAACCGAAACCUUCGCCACAGACAAUAGUGCUUCCGUCCAGAAUACCAUGUAUAAGAUGGGAGAGCAGAUUCUGGAGGCCGUUCCUGGUGUCGAAACUGUGUCCUACUCGCUCCCUAAUAAGCACUAUUUUGAGAUUGACUUGUCUUGGUACAAGGGCACUAAGAACACUGGCAAGGAUGCCGAGGUGUAUGCACCGCAGUCUGGUCCCAAUGGUCUGAUCAAAUGUGAGAUUUCCCGCUCCUAA